CAGAGGCGCUGGGGACGGAGCCGCGCUUGCGCUCCGGGCGCGGCCUGAGGCGCCAUGGCGGCCCGCACUGCGUGGCUGCUGUUGGCCAUCCCGGCCGUGCCCCUGCUCUGCCUGCAGCUACGGAGCGCGGGCCUCAACCCAGGAUGGAAGGAUAUCUUUUUGCUGGGUGGCCGGGGUUUGCUGUUUCUUGCUAUCCUGACUUUAAUUAUCUUGGUGACUACCCCGUGGCUUACACCUCAAGCGCCGCCCGAAGUGUGUUUGACAGUAACCGAAGAUGAGAACAAAAGAAGGCAAAAACGUGUAAGAGAAAAGCAGCAGGAGACCCUGAGCACCAAGAGCAGUGGAUACUUGAAGAAUGUCUUGAAACCUCGCCAGGAAACGAAACUAAGAAAACAGGAAGAAAGCUUCUAUCAAAUGAUGGGCGAAACCUGGAAGUCGCUUGAGGGCUACAAGCUUGGGGGCCCCGAAGAACCAAGUCUUGCCAGUGAAAAUGGGGCACCCGACGAUACCCCAAACCGAGAAGCCUCCAGGAGACGGAAGCUGCCUGAGCACGGGAGCCGUGUCCCAGCAUCCCCCGAGCAGCCCAGAGCAAAGAAGGGCCUUGUGAUCCCCGAAGAGCCUCCCGAGACGGCUGAAGAAGUGGUUGCAAUCGCUCUCCGCUGUCCUGAUGGACGAGUGAUCCGACGGAGGUUCUGCAAGACGUGGAGUUCACAGGUGUUGCUGGACUGGAUGAUGAAGGUGGGCUAUCACAAGUCCAUCUACACCCUCUCCACUUCCUACCCACGAAGACCUCUGGAAGUGGGAGAAGACCAAACCCUAGAAGAUGCUGGCCUGAUGAUGGACACGGUGCUGAACGUGGAGGAGAGAGAGCCCUGUCCCUCCCUGUGAAUGGGGCCCGGGGAUGGCCACCCCGGCCCUGGCUGCGAGCCCCAAGAGGGGCUUCCUGCAGUGACCAAGCUGAGCAGGAAACGGGCCCUUUGCAGGCAAACACCCCCACCUGGGGCGAUGUCCUCUGGUAAUAAACGGAUAUGCUGGCAAA